AUGUUAACGGGAUGGAGGCUCGCUGUCUCGAAACUAUUUAUAUUACCCCAGAGGUAUGUAAUGGUUAUAAUGGCACUACUAGCUAUCGCCAACGCAUUUACCAUGCGCCAGUGCCUUAAUCUGGCGAUCACUCAAAUGGUGAAGAGGAAGGUUGCUCCAGAAAUCGGCAGUGCCGAUUACGACCCACAUGCUUGUCCGGAUCCAAAUGCUAAUACUACGACGGUGGUGGAAAAUCUACUCACGGCAUCUGGUGAGUCUGAUAAAUUUGAUUGGAGCGAAUCCACUCAAGGUCUGAUCCUGGGCUCCUUCUACUAUGGUUAUGUGGCUACACAUUUACCUGGAGGAAUGCUAGCAGAGAGGUUUGGUGGAAAAUGGGUGCUCUCUUUGGGACUCCUAUCGACAGCUGUGUGCACAUUUAUCACUCCGUUUGCUGUGAAAACUGGUGGAGCCGUUGCUCUUUUCAUACUAAGAGUGAUUGAGGGUCUUGGAGAAGGACCGUCAAUGCCAGCGCUGAUGCUGAUAAUCUCUCAAUGGAUACCCAAAACGGAAAGAUCAAGGGUGGGCGCCCUAGUCUUCGGUGGAGCCCAAAUCGGAAACGUCGCCGGGUCUUUUCUGUCCGGUCUCAUAAUGCACAAUGGUGGCUGGGAAAAUGUCUUCUAUUUGUUUGGUGGUCUUGGACUGGCGUGGUUCGUUCUUUGGUGCUUGCUUUGCUACAGUUCUCCAAACACGCACCCUUUUAUAUCUGACGCUGAAAAAAGGUUUCUGAAUGAAAAUGUGGAAGCCCUCUGCAAUAAUGAAAAGAAACAGCUGGAUCCUGUUCCGUGGAAGGCGCUGGUCCGUUCGGUUCCUCUAUGGGCUUUGAUUGUAGCUGGUAUCGGUCAUGACUGGGGAUACUACACAAUGGUCACAGAUCUACCAAAGUACAUGACAGACGUAUUAAAAUUCGACAUUAAAUCGACCGGUUUCCUAACUUCAAUGCCCUAUAUCGCUAUGUGGAUUGCCUCAAUCAUUUUUGGACUCAUGAGUGACUUUGGUAUUAAGAAAGGAUUGUACAGUCUACAGAAUGCAAGAAAAAUUUUCACCACAGUUGCUGCCAUCGGACCUGGUAUCUGCAUUAUUCUGGCUUCAUAUUCUGGCUGUAACACCACCCUGGCUGUCGUCUGGUUCGUCGCUGCUAUGGCGUUUAUGAGCGCUUAUUACUGCGGAAUGAAAAUCAAUGUGCUGGAUUUGAGCCCCAACUACGCUGGUACUACAACAGCUCUUGUCAAUGGGAUAUCUUCAGUUUCUGGCAUCGUUUCUCCUUAUUUGAUCGGGCUUCUCACACCAACUUCUACCUUGAAACAAUGGAGAAUUGCAUUCUGGGUGUGUUUGGCUGUUCUCUUUGCCACGAACUUAGUUUUCGUGUUCCUCGGAAAAGGUGUCCAAGAAUGGUGGGACGAUGUAAAACUAAGAGGGUACCCAUCGGACUGGAAACACGGACCUUUGCCAACCAGAGAAAGAGACAUGGAAAUAUCCAACGUGGAAAAGAAGAAGGAGAAAGAGUAA